AUGCCUCCGCCUACCAGCGCUGUUGUGAAUCACGUAAAGAACAUUCGCAAAGGUAUUAACCUCAUGUCGGAACUGCACAAUGAGCUUCCUGAUCCGAAGAUUGUUAACCUUGGCAACUGUUUCCUUGAGUCUAUGUCAUGGCUCAUGGGCGUAGCCGUUAGCCGACAAUUUCCACACAUUCAUGACCGACUCAUCAAGUCCGUCUGGUUGCCCACAUUCACAGACCAAUCCGUUCAGUUCUUGCAAAAUUACUUAGAUGAGAAAAACAAGACCUUCUUGAAAAGCCUUGGACCGGCAUGGAAUCAGGAAGGUUGUGUUGCGAUGGAGGCAGAUAUGCUGGUUUUCACAUUGGGCGACGGGUUUGCCGAUGAUGAAACUGGGCGCAAAGUCUUGUAG